AUGUGUAUUGAGCACAUCACCAGUGAGUGCCCAGCCUGCGGGAAAAGUUACUUGGUCUAUGUCGAGUUCUGCAAGGAUUUCCACCCCCCUCUGGUGCGCUGCCCCAACGGCACUAUUGUCCGCCGACUUGACAUGGAAGAGGGAGGAUGCCCGAGCCUGGUCUGCCCAAACAGCCGCAACGGCGGCUGUGCAGUGAUGUAG